CGGAAGGAGGCGACAAUGUCCAUUUCUUUACUCUGUCCUGAUUGCACAAGCUACCUCGGUGCAUUUUUGUGCGCCCUCUUCUUUUUAUUUCUUCAUACAGGGAACAUAAUAGGGGACUUUUACGAAACCCUGUCGCCUUCUCGGCUUCCCCACAACCUGUCCUAUUACCAUAGCAACGUCCGGGAGUAGUCGACGGCUUGAUCCAUGCAUUGGAGUCCUUGGCCCCAGUGCACCGGCUCCGGCUUCAGCCAUGUCGGACAGGAAUACAGCGGCUGGCGGCGGUGACACAGCGAGAGGCGAACCGGCAGAAGAUGUGCUGGUUGAGGAGAACCAAAGUGGUUCCGUGUCGUUGCCCAGCCUGAUGACCCCCUCCUCAGCUCCUUGCAUGUCCUUGAGCAUGGAGAUGCCCCGGAAGCGCAAGGGCAGCUUGGACAACCAGGAUACAAAAUCUUCCUCCAUCCCUGACGCAGACGACCAAAACAGGUCAGAUGGAGAGGACCAAAGUGUCAAAAUGAAAUGUUUCAGGGAACCGCACAGCCAAAUUGAGAAGAGAAGACGGGACAAAAUGAACACUCUCAUUGACAAACUAUCAGCCAUGAUCCCUACCUGUAACCCCAUGUCUCGUAAGCUGGACAAACUCACUGUGCUCAGAAUGGCUGUGCAGCACCUCAGAUCUCUCAAAGGUUCAGCAAGUUCUUUUUCUGAAGCCAACUACAAACCGUCAUUCCUACCCGACGAGGAGCUCAAACACCUUGUCCUCAAGGCUGCAGAUGGGUUCCUGUUUGUAGUGGGCUGUGAUCGUGGGAAAAUAGUUUUUGUCUCAGAGUCCGUCACGAAGAUAUUAAAUUAUAGUCGGGCAGAGCUGAUUGGACAGAGCCUGUUUGAUUACAUACACCCAAAGGACAUGGGAAAAGUGAAGGAACAGCUGUCCGCUUCUGAAUUAUACCCUCGUGAACGGCUAAUAGAUGCUAAAACUGGUCUGCAGGUCCAGGCUGACCUCCCAGUCGGUGCAGCCCGACUGUGUUCGGGCGCACGCCGCACAUUCUUCUGCCGAAUGAAGUACAACAAAAUUUCUAUCAAGGUGGAGGAGAAGGAAUUCCAAGCCAGCACCUCCAAAAAGAAAGAGUCUCAGAAGUACUGCACGGUCCACUGUACAGGCUACAUGCGCAGCUGGCCUAACAGUCAUUCGGAAGUGGAUGGGGAUGGGGAGCCAGACAAGCAGGACAGCUCCUACUACAGCUGCCUGGUGGCGGUGGGACGCAUCCACCCCCACUCAUCUCCCCAGGUUAAUGGAGAGGUCCGAGUUAAACCCAUAGAGUUCAUCACACGCUAUGCCAUGGAUGGAAAAUUCACCUUUGUCGAUCAAAGAGCGACAACAAUUCUUGGUUAUCUUCCCCAAGAAUUGCUUGGGACAUCAUGCUAUGAGUACUUCCAUCAAGACGACUUACCACAUUUAGCUGACAGACAUCGAAAAGUGCUGCGGAGUAAAGACAAAAUAGAGACAGACUGCUAUAAGUUUAAAACAAAAUUUGGUUCCUUUGUCACUCUGCAAAGUCAGUGGUUUAGUUUUGUCAAUCCCUGGACCAAAGAAGUAGAAUACAUAGUGUCAACUAACACAGUUAUAUCGUAUUAUCCUAGUCGAACCAGUCGGUCGGAACUGUCGAGCAAUUCCAAGAAUUCAGAAGAAGAUGGCAACAAGUCCCAUCAAGUUAUACCAGGCAUCUCCACCACACCUGGAGCUAUGAUUUACGCUGGAAGCAUAGGGACCCAGAUCGCCAAUGAACUGUUGGAUUUCAACAGGAUGAACUCCUCAUCUUCCAGUGGCAGCAUCAGCCCGUUCAGUCUACCGCAGGACAAGUGUCCACAAACUCCCAAUCAAAUCAGCAAUAAUGUGCCAAAUGGAGGGGCUACAGACAUGGAGAUUCCAGGAAAGUCAAGCUCAGAGGAUGAGCCCCAAGGAGCUGCAUUCUCAGGAGGAGAAUCCCUCAUGGUGGAGAAUUCCCAGCUGGAUUUGGACAGCAUGGUUGGACCGGGCCUUAGCAGUCUUAGCAAUGACGAAGCAGCCAUGGCAGUGAUCAUGAGCCUCCUGGAGACGGACACAAACUUGGGCGAAGCUGUGGACUUUGAAGAGAUGCACUGGUCUUCAUAGAAUCUGCUCUAAUGGUGUGAUGUUGUUGCACACUGAAAAACACUCAGCCAUUAUUUUUGUGUUGACAACUGCUUAAAUGCUUACUCUUAGUUAAGAAAGCAUUCCUUUUCGUUACAGGACCUUUUUUAUUUAUUAGAAACCUUUUCCCACAUAAGCUGUGUGGUCUUCUUGUGGCUGCUCUUACAGGGAGUGGGAUCAAAGACUAUAAGGGACACCUGCUUUCCUUCUUCAGGAGGAGGAUGUGCCUCUAAAGCCUUACAGCGGCCUGUCUGCCCUGAAACGCUGUUCCUCACUGCUCUCCUUACUCAUCUACUUACUCAUCAUCUGUUUAGCUGAAGAGAACUCACAAGGUGACUUGUGUCACAAUGGUAAUGGAUUUUUUCCUUCACCUACAUUUGAACGAAGGGUGGGAGUGACAAUGCAAAAGAAAUUUGCACUGAAUUUGAUCUUUUAAUUAGGUACUGUAUGUUUUAAUUAUGCUGGGGAUGACACCUUAACAACCUGGCCAUUCUCUCUAACUCCUCAGGAUCCAAGCUGUAGGUACCCAGUGUACCACAGCAGACCACACUUCCAUAACCUCUAACUUUGAGAGUCACCUUAUGGUGUGCCUCUCAGAGAUUUUCUCUUGUCGGUAUCUGAACAUUUUUCACGGAAACAGUCCAACAGUUCCUCUCUCGUACAUUGACUUGAACAUGAUAUCUAUGUGUGGAUUUGGUAUGGUUGCAAACACCAUGUCUUCAAGCCAUAUCUGUCUUAAAGGGAUAGUUCGCCUAGGAAGAAUAUUUUUGUUUUUUAGUAUAUACUUCUAUGGACAUUUAGUACAAAAAUAUUGGCUGCCCUGAAAUUUAAUGUGCCCUGGCUCUAAUCAUUUAACAUUCCUUGGCAGUAAUGGUCCACCUACAUUUGUUGGAGAGCAGCCAGUUUUUGAUGGUUGACCAUUUGUGAACUGCUUUGGAUUUAUGAGCAUGACGGUACUACCUCAUGCUAAGUGAAACGCCAUUUUAGAGGUGCUGAAAUUAAGUUUUGGUAGCAGCGGCUGGGCAGCAUACCCUUUAUAAUUCUGUGACAUUGUAUGUUUGACAUUGAUCUGAGUUUGAUGGUAGAAGUGAUAUCCCAGGUCGUGAUGGAAACAGAGCCAGUGCCAUUUAAAUAGUACAACACAGUUGUUAGUAUCCAGCUGUAUUUUGUCCUACACUUUAAGGCUUUACAUGCUUCCCUACAUACUGUACAUUGAUACAGAGUUUUGUUCUCCUGCAUGUUCUUACAGUUAUAGUCAGCUGUAUAAUCUCGCAAGUAAGCCAUAGCUUAAGCUGUUUUUUUUCAUGUACUAUUAUGCACUGGCAGUCUUUCAAGAGACAUGUUUUAUGUGCUUGUCAGAGGCACACGUCAUCAUGCAUACCAUAUUUAAGUUAUUAUGCUAUGCAGAGCUAUCAUUCCAUAAAUUCUAAGUUUGAAGGUAUAUUCAUUUCUCCCUCCAUGUAAUCUGUUACUCAUGCAUGACUCAAAAACCCCAGAAGGUACACAACUAUACUGCAUACCUUUUUAUAUCUUUAUAUAUUUAGUGAAAACUUGAAUGAUCCCUUUUUUUUUUUUUUUUUUUAAAUUUACAUCAUGUAGCGUUUUGUUUUUGCCCAUGUUUCCCGUUGCAUACCGAACAGAACAUUUAUAGCCAUCAUGUGAGGAUCUCUAUGUUGGUGUGGCAGUCAGAUGGCCUUAUGGGUUGAUGUAAGGUAAAAACUUACCCAAGUAUGUUCAAUUAUUGUCACACAGUGAUGUUUGAAAGGCGGUAGAAGUCUAGAUGAUGCCCAAUAAUACAGACCUAUGUUUUUACACAAAGGUUCAGUUUAAAAAAUGUAUUCUAUUGGCUUGUUUAAAAAAUGUAAGCUUUAGUACACUUCCCCGCUUGUGGAAAAAAAAAUUAGAACACACUGAAGUUAAGCUGAAUUAUCCUUAUUAUUUGGCACAUAGAUUUUUUGAUUUCUGUGUUACAUUUAUCACAUUUCUUUUACAUGAAUAAUUUAGAGUUUUGUGAAUUGCUGGAGGCUCACGUGGAAGUUGGCACAGUGUGUUUUAACUUGAUCCUAAAUUCCUGUUAAGUGUUUGGACUGCGUAUCUGUAUCUUACCUCCUUUCAUCAGUACCUCAACCAAUCAGUCAAAUAUACAAUAUGGAACUAA